AACGACGCCGGCGACAGCGACAGUCGCGCGAGCGAGCGGUUUCGAGCGACGCCGCUCCCACCCGCCGUUUACGGCCGCAGCCCGCGCUCAUUCACUUCAGUCCUCCGCUGUCUGCCGCGGCGAACGCACGUGUACUCGGCGCGCCUCCGAUGUUAGUCCACGAUUACGAAAUAUAUACGCGACUCGGACUUUUACUGUGACAGUGAAGCGACCGCAUUCGAAUAUGGGUUAAACGGCUCGCGCUACGCCAUGAGUCCGGGCGAGCGCGCCGCCCCCGGGCGCCGCGAACCCGCUCGCCCUCAGUACGCGGCCACGGCACCGGGUUUCCCGCCACAGUACUAUCCGCCCUAUGGCGUGCCCCAUCCAAACGCGUGGCUGGGCGCACCCCUCAUAUCCAUGGCAGGGCGCACGCCGCCGUCGCGCUGCACACCUGUGUCCAAGCUGGCGAUGCACGCACAAGGCGCCCCUCUCAUCAUACAGAACAGACACGAUCGAAGAAAAUAUACCACAGUACCGGAGCAGCGCAACCACCGCCCUUCUGGGCAUACGGACCAUAUUACCAGGGACAGAUGCGAAACACUCGACAACAGACAACGCAACCAGCAACAACAGACGCGAUCCGUCCGCAGCGGACGCAACAACAAUACGGAUGCAGUCAGUGUCGCCAGCGACGAAAGUUCCGGCUCUACCAACUCUGAAACCAUGUUGCCUAGGAUUAUAAAACCUCGGAAACGUCGCAAAAAAGAUAGAAAACCUAAUAACAUUGCGCCGCACGAUAUGGCGACGGUCCCAUUAGACAUUGGUGAUGUUGGACACUGUGCAGUGAGCAGCAUGUCUCCAGGCUCGCAUGGCUUGUACGAGGAAUCAUACUGUCGAGAUAUCUCAAUGCAAUAUCGUUUAGAUGUCAAGGUGUUGGAAUACUCCGAACCAGCGCCCGAGACGUAUCGCGUCUCAGCAUUAGGAGAAGCCUUAGAAGCUACCCGUUUCGGUCUUGUAGAGGCAGCUUCGCCUUCCGAAUCUGCAGUAAGUUCAUGUCAGUGUCGGUAUUGUGAUCCCGUAGGUCAGAUCUGGGAUGCCGACUCGAUUGCGGAUUUGUUAGAUGAAAAUUCGAGUGGUGAUUUUGCGCCCACGAAAUUGGAAGAUUCGAUGAAAGUCGUUGGACCUCUCGGAAGACGCGGCGCAGAUACUAUUCUACGUCGUAGUUGGAGCGACCCCUCUUCCCGUGCUCCAGAAAGGCGCGAUGCAUCCACUGGAGAUCUCCUUACAUCGUCUAAUCUGUACUCUUUAUUCCCACCUUCGAGACGAGCGAGCUCCCCUGAAUCACGGUCUCCGUUAGCAUUGGAGAUCUCCUCGGAGAUCGUAACGUCACUGAAUGGCCAGCGCGAUUUGGAAAUCAAAUUGUUUUCGACCUCGCCCCCGGCCACGAACUCCGACCGGCGCUCCUUCUUCGAUGAUAAAAGUGAAAGUGAUGUGAACAGUUGUAGAAUUGCGGGCUACGAAUUUAAACAUAGCAGUGCAGUGGACAGUGAGAGAGCCGUGUCCAGUGUUCGCGCCAGCGAGGGGAGGAACGACACUGAGGACAUCGGGUCCCCGCGUAAUAUUUGUGAUUUAGCCAUAGUUACUGCCUGAGGCGCUUGUGAUCGAUUAUGUAAAGUGUUAGCGCCGACACUCGGUCGACGCUCGCUAUUUGAGCUGGACUCAAAUUGUCACAGCGAGGCAUGCACGGAGCGUCUCACGCGACACAAACUGAGAUCUCCGUAUCGGUUUCCUGUAGAUUCUAUAAUUAAUUUAUUAUUAACAAUAGCUUAUGGAACUGGCUUUGGGGCUUUAUCUGGAGUUGUUUUAGGAAUGUAACGAUUCGCCGUUAGGAUGUUAUUACGCCUUCUGUUUAUCACGAGUUUAUUGUAUCGUAUAUGUUUUUUUUUAUUGAAUGAUACGCGACACAUGUAUAUAUACAUGUAGUGUACUUAGUGCGAGGUUAGAUUUCCGCGAAUUGUAGCGGUCGGCGCAGUAGCCUAACUGGCAGUUUGCAAUUAACGUUUCACACUAGUGACACGGUUACGCGGCUCCAUGGCGCUCGGUGCUGCGGCACGGCGCUUUCCUCGUCGCGCUUCGUUCCGGCUGCCGCUUCUUACACCGGUUCUCACCACCGAUCACUUUUAUUUCGUUCCGAGUAAUUGUUGGCUCACUUUACACCCAUAAGGCCGACGAGGGCGACGUAGACGGUCGAACGACGACCGGACUUCGAUCGCACAUCGUCGGCCACUGGACCAGUAGACCGGGUUGCGAGCCACGCGUCCGCAAUACAUAAUGUCUUUUAAGCUACAUCACUCAACUGUGUGCAUUUAUUCAAUCAUCGCAAAAGUCCCUGGGUUUGUUUUAU